GAGAGAGAGAGAGAGAGAGAGCAAGGAGAGAAGACGAGCACGAAGGGCAUUUGGAAUAAGAUUGCCGGCAUUCGGAGAUUUCUGGCUGUGAAUUGGGCCCUGUAGAACCUCUGUGGUACCUAAGGGUUCCAACUAACUUAUUUAUGAAGUAGCAAAUUUGAGAUUGUUUUGAUGGAUCAACAAUUACAAGACCAUGAUCAAAAGGAGAAAGAAACGCAGACUACUCAAAAGAGAUUGAUUUGCUACACUAAAAGACGUUCUUCCCUCUUCGACAAAGAGAUCAAUUCUAAUCUGAAUCCUACACCACAAAGUCAGAUGAGGUUCAAGAUUGCUUACCAAAGAAGAUGCAAAGCUAAACCAAGAUAUCAUACACGGAGGCGAGGAAUGAGGAACACCAUGCUUGAGGGCAAACCAAAAUUAACUUUGCAAUUGAUCUCUGAUACAAGCUUAGCUAAAUGUCAAUCUUCUUCAAAGAUCCUCCCAGAGAGAACCACUUUGGGGGAUAAGUGUCAGAGUGCAGCUGAUAUUGGGGAGUCUAGAAUAAUGGCCAGGCGGAGAAGGAGAAAACGGAAGAAAAAUAAUGUGGUUCGAGAUGAAGCCUCUCAUUUGCGGAGGAGAGCAAGGUACCUGCUCAUUAAAAUGAAGCAGGAACAGAAUCUUAUUGAUGCAUAUACUGGAGAUGGUUGGAAAGGGCGGAGUCGAGAAAAGCUUAAGCCAGUAAUGGAGCUGCAAAGAGCAAGGAAGGAAAUAUUGAAAUGUAAACUCGGCAUUCGUGAUGCAAUUCGCCAACUUGAUUUGCUCAAAUGUGAGGAAAUUGUUGAAGAUUCUGUGGUUGAUGCAGAUGAAAAUGUUUCCCGUGAGCAUAUCUUCUGCGCAAAAUGCAAAUCUCGGGAAGCUUUUCCAGAUAAUGAUAUAAUGCUAUGUGAUGGGCGAUGUAACCGUCGUUUCCAUCAAAGAUGUUUGGACCCACAAUCAGGCAAAAUUCCCGGGGAUCAAGGAUGGUUUUGCAAAUUUUGUGAGUGCAAGAGGGGGAUUUUGGAUGUCAUCAAUGCACAUCUGGGCACCUGCUUUAGCGUGAAUAGUGGCUGGGAGGAUAUCUUCAAGGAAGCAACUAAUCCUGAUGUUGAUAAUGCCUGUCUUAAUUCCACUGGAGAGUGGCCAUCUGAAGAUUCUGCAGAUGAGGAUUAUGAUCCGGAGACAAAUUGCAAUAACCAUAGUAGAACUGUAACUGAUGAGAGUGAAUCUUCUGAUGCCUGCAGUUCAAGUGGUGUAUAUUACACAUCUGAUGAAGCUAGCUCGUAUUCCAAUAGACCCAGGAACCACUAUUUGGAUGGAACAUUUGGUCAUAUAAUCAAUGAGCACUUUGUAGAUUCUGGUGAAGCUGGUGACUGUGACAUCACAAACUACCGAAGGCAAAGAAGGGAUGUUGAUUAUAAGAAACUUCAUGAUGAAAUGUUUGGCAAAGAAAGAAGUGACAAAGAACAAAGUGAAGAAGAUGAAGACUGGGGCCCUCAUAGAAGGAAGCGGAGGAGAGACGCAGGCUGUGUUGACGAAAAUGGAUGUUCAAGUACAGCU